GAUCAACCCUUGCCAAGAGGACCGGCCAACACCUCGACUGUCUCAGAGAUAGCUUUUAGGAAUUGCUGAUAGGAUGUAAAAUGAAAGCUGAAGUCUCGGGAGAUAAUUGUUGCUCACGCCCACUCCGUCCGCUACAAUUAUCUUAACAACCACUAUUGGGUGUUUGGCGUUUUCGACAAUAUUGACAUUCCGGUUCUCAGACCAGCAACGGACACGCUAGACUCCAACCAUGGCGUCCAUUCCCAAUUACACGGAGAUGAUGGUCCUCAUCUGGGUGUUAUGGGGCGUUGCAGUUGGCAUGACUACAUUUCGAGUUAUCUUCCAAUGGCGACUUCAGCGACGACUGCACGGAGAUGACUAUUUCGUCCUCGCGGGCCUUGUAAGCUUGACAGCUUUGACGGCAGUUAUCACGAGGAUCCUACCACAGUGGUUCCUUAUAGCCGAGUACAGCAAAGCCCUCGUGGCAAAUCCCAAGACACCUUCGCCCCUACCCGCGGACGAGAUGAGAGCCCGGAAUGUCAUGUCGCUGAAGUUAAUGUUCAGCCAGAUGCUGCUGUUCUGGACAACCCUGUGGGCAGCUAAAUUCUCCAUUCUGUGGUUCAUUAGACGGCUCCUUUACGGUUUGCCUAACUACAUGCGCUGGUGGUGGAGAUGCUUCGCCGCCGUCCUCACCCUCUACUUGGCCUGCAUGCUCUCAAACUUUUUGACGUGCUCGCCAUUGUACCGAUAUUGGAGCCCAGCUGGCUGCAGCCUACCGGAUGACCUGCGGCGGGCCGAUGCGUCGAUCAAGUUUGCGACGAGUGCCGACAUUGUCGCAGACGUAUUAACCAUGAUUCUCCCACUUCACCUCUUGCGAAACUUGACCAUCUCGCGACCACACAAGUUCGGGCUGGCCAUCCUCUUCUCCCUUGGUGCCAUCAUCGUCGCCAUCGCACUCGUGCGACUUGUUCAAGUCACGAAAGCUACGGGUGACUCGGCGGAGGAUCCUACCACAAUCGCCAAUGGUCCAGUGCUGCUGAGCAUGUGGUCGCACAUCGAGUCUACCGUAUCCAUGAUCGUAGCCACGUUGCCGGCUUUCCGUUUCCUCAGGAAAAGAAACGCCAACACGACGCGAACGACGAACAAAUAUUCUGUGGCUACAAUUGGAGGCACUGGCGGGUCACGAUCAAGACCAUGGCAACAUGGCGCAACCAACGAAGCAACAAUACGGGAGAGUGAUAGCCAGACGGAGCUGCGACCAGUUCGUGGUGAAGCCCUGUAUAUGAGAAAGUCAAGUUUAGAUGGCUAAUAUGUAAUUUUGCGCAGCCUAAAAGGGCAUUUAUUGACUACAUGGUUUUUCGGUAUUUGCUGUACAGUGGACUGGGGUUUUCGUACCAUCAAGAAGCCUUUUCGGGAUACUGGCAAGCGGGGGACAGAAAAACAGGGAAAAUUCAAACGAUCGGCACACAACUUCGUCAUUACGCG